UCGUUUACCCUAUUUGGAUCAUAGAUAAUAAAGAUAAAAAAAACUAAUAAUAUAAAUAAUAAUAAAUUCUUUAAUAUCUAUGAUUGGGAUAUAAUAUUAUACGGCCGUAUUAGAUGAGUCGGGCGAAUCGUGUGGACCGCGCCCGUAGAAUUUCGUACAGUGGCCCCUACUCUCGAAAGGAUGAGUCUAACGCGGGCUAGGUUACUCGUAACCACCUCGUAAGCCAGCACUGUACGUCUACCGAAAAAACAAAAGAAAAAAAAACGCCUUAAAAUACGAUACAAUAAUCCAAACACGAUGUUCAAUAUUUUCCCGACCCCAUCAGAUCCCAUUGUGUAUUGCAGCGUGGACAGCCGGACAGGUGGAGGUGAGAUAGGGCGCUGCACACAUUUUUUCGACGAACGACGACGGUCGGGAAAAGAGAGAGAGGCGCAGACGUCCCCACGGACCACUGUCAUUGCUCGGAGCGUCGUGCGCUGCGCAUGCGCGAGGGGCGUGCAAAACUGUAUUUGACGGUUUUACCGGUAGCGGCGGCCGGAGUAGUUGGGCAUUCUUGUUUUACCGGGUCGGUUAGUGUGUGUGCGCCGAUCGUUGCCGACGUUCGCGUCCCGGUCUAGUCGUCGUCACCGACCGUUUCGUAGCAGUACCUGCCCGCGUACAUUUUCAGACGUUCGCUCCUAAUCGGCUCUUGGUUAUCCUCUUAUCCCCCCCCCCGUAAGUCUGCUUCUACGCGCGUGUGAAACCAAAGUUUUUCGAAACCGUAAACUCGUAUAGCUGAGCCACUCGAGUCGUUAACCGCGCGUGUGUGUUUGUGCACACUUACGUCGUGCAUGCGUACAAUGCUUGUACGCUUCGUUGUCGGUUUUUAAGCUUUUACGUGCGAUCACAAAUAUAGGUACGUCACCAAUAAAUAAUUAUCGUUGAUAAUCAAAAGGCUCCCGGUUGAAGAUGGAACCGAUGCAAUCGCAAUUUGUUCAGUAGUUUUCUUUUGUGUAUUUUUGGGGAUAUAAAUAUUAAAUCAUACACAAAAACAAUUUAGUCAAGAGUACAUUUUUUUAACAUUCAUUAUAGAAGAUCAUUGUAUAUUGGCAUUGAUAAAUAAAAGUUCCUUAAAUUAAACCAAUAAAUAAUAAUUCAUCAGACAACAAAACACAUAAGUUGUGUCAUACUACAUCUUUUAUAAAUUCUACAUCAAACGUGAAUAUAAAAGGAAUAUUACACAACUUUUCACAAUACAAAAAUAGAUGUUUUCAAACAAAUUAUCAACAGCAACAACUUAUUCAACUGUAAAUUCUAUACCAUAAAUACAGCCACAAACUCACAAGUGUUAAAUGACAAACGCUCAUUAACUGAUUAAUUCAUCAAAAUAUAAUGUUUAUCAUGCGUAUUAAAAAGUCAAUUCAAGAGAAAAGGAAGCAGUGGUCUUGGGCUGAAGACAUUCAUCCUGAUGACAUCAACGAUAGUCAUAUUAGUCAAACGUUUUUUUUGGAACAUCCCAGAUGUAAACCACUAUCUAACCAUCGUUCUUGUAGAAACAACCCAUUCUGCUUAUCCGGAUUAGGAGAACAACGUUGGCUUCAAAAUAAUAUCUUUCCAGUUAAAGAUUCAGAAUUAGAAAUUCGAGAAAUAAAUUCUUUUUGUGGUUUGAAAAAUUUAGGAGCAACAUGUUACAUUAACAGUUUGCUCCAGUUAUGGUUCCACAACUUACAAGUUAGAAAUGCUAUAUUGAAAUGGAAUCCUAUGGAAGAUGAGACUGAAAAACAUAACCCAACUCUUUUCAUUGAAAACGGAUAUGAACCAACAACUUCUGUUGGCCAAUUACAAUUAAUAUUUGCAUUAAUGCUAAAAGGGAAACAAAAGACAAUAAAUCCAGAAGCUUUCAUAAAAUCUUUAAAAAUAGAUACAACAAUAGAACAAGAUGCAGAAGAGUUUUCUAAUUUAUUAUUAACAACACUAGAAAAUAAAUUUAAUGAACAAACAAAUAUAUCUGUUAGAAAAAUGGUAGAAAACAAUCUUUUAGGUGGAUAUCAAAGUAUAAUUACAUGUUUGACGUGUAAAACUGAAUCUGCAAGUCAUUCUACAUUUAGACAUCUAAGCUUAAGCAUUGAAGGUCAUCAAACUUUAAAUGAUAGUUUGAAAGAUUACUUUAAAGCAGAACUUCUUGCUGGAGAUGACCAAUAUUAUUGUGAUCAAUGUCAAGGAAAACAAAAUGCUACACGUAAAAUGUAUUUGAAUAAAUUACCUGAAGUGUUUAGUUUUCAACUAAUGCGGUUUGUUUACAAUAAAAAAUCAAUGCAAAAAAUAAAACUUAACUCAUUUAUAAGAUUCCCGCAAACUUUAGACAUGACACAAUAUUUAAGUUUACCUAAGAAACAUAAUGCAACUUUAAGAAAAAAUUAUAAGUACAACUUAUAUGCAGUACUUAUUCAUAAAGGCUCCAGUGCUAAUUGUGGUCAUUAUGUUGCACAGAUCAAAGAUAAUGCUACAAAACAAUGGUAUCAAUUCAACGAUGAUAAAGUAGAAAAGCUAACCAUUAAAGGUUUUAAUUUAUGUACUGAUGAUGAGCUUAACAAAUUUAAGUCAAUGAAAAAUAUUAAAAAUCCCAAGGAAGAAUUACAAUCUACUGAUGCAUAUAUGUUAGUUUACUUGAAAGAUAUAAAAACUAAAAAUCAGAAAACCAAAUCAAUUUCCUGCAAUUUAUCGCCAAGAUUAACUCAGUUGGUUAACACUUGUAACACAAAUUUUGAAAAUAAAAUAUUAGAAGGCAAACAAGGCAAAAUAUUUGAGCAACAAAUAUUAAGUUUAAUGAACGAUAUAAAAAAUAAUUGUGUAAACGAAGUUGGUGAUAUUAUUUCUGUGCAGUGGCUGAAAUAUUUGAUGAAAGUGAACCCAAAUGAGACUGUCAAGAAAAUAGACAACUAUGCAAUAUUAUGUAAACAUAACCUACUGGAUCCUGAAAAAGUAAGUUCAGUCAAAUAUAUUGGAUCAGACUUAGCAGAUAAACUCUAUGGUCUAUUUCAAGGGGGUCCAAGAUUGAAGUUAAUGUCGUCAUUAUGUAAAGUAUGCGUUAGAAAUAAAUGUGCUCGAAUGUAUACAAAAAUUUUAAUUCUAAAUCAAAAUGAAUCUAUUGCUACAAUCUUAGACAAUUGGUCCCAAAAUGACAAUACAAAUAGUAAAAAUAGAGAAACAAGUUACUGGGUAGGCAAUGAAACAAUUAAAUACUGGCAUAAAAAGUAUUUUGAGUCAUUUAAAACAUUUCUCAACACUAGUGAUGUACUACCUAAUAUGACAUUGCCAAUUAACUACGAAACAUUGUCCGCAGAAUGUGAACCGUAUAGCAGUUUAUGCAAACAAAUUAAAGUUAGUGAAGAUAUGAAACAGGAAAAUGUUCAUGUGGCCAUCGAUGCGGAAAAUAUGAUUAAUCUUGGAUACAAUAAUAAUUGUUCUGGAGAGUCAGACACAGAGGCCAAGUGGAAAGACAAUUCAUUACUUAAUACAAACUUUGAUGAAGCACUUAACAACAACUGUUAUGCUUAUUUGCAAAACAUGAAUAAUACUGAACAUAUUAGGCCAUGGAGAUUCAAUAGUGACAUUAUAUGCAAGCAUGGAAACAUGACUAUUGAAAAAGAUUCAAAGAAAUUGGUGCCAAAAGAAGUAAUAGAUAUAUUCCAAACCUACUUCCCAAAAGUAUCAUGGUUUGAUAAAAGUACAUUACCAUGUAACAUGUGUAAGAAUAUAGAAUUUCAGGUUAGGAUGUACAAGUGUAUACGUAUUCUUCUGGCAAAAAUAGAAAAUUACAUUUUUAAUGACUUACUGUGGAAUAGUGAAAGAGAUGUUUUUUCAAUACAAUAUUCCCCAUAUGCCUGCAUUUCUCCUGAAUUUUUGGAAACUUUCCGGAACUUUGUCAGAUCUCCAUUAGAGGGUCCAGUCCCUAUUAUGAUCAAGAAUAAAAUAUUGCUUUGCAAUGAUCACAACAAAUUGCUUUACCAUCCAAUGUUAAGUCUAAGUCCAACAGAGUAUGAUUAUAAUAAAUUGGUUUUUGUAACAAAAAAAGAAUGGAAUUUUCUUUUAAAAUGUUUUGAAGUUGAUUUUGGUAUAUUUGUAAACUUUAAUGAUCAAAAUCUUUUUACAUUUUCAAAACCAGAAGUAUGUGAAACAUGCCGCCAGAAGAAAAUGCAAGAAGAUAAAAUGAAUGAAUUAAAAUACAUUAAUGUGGAAAUAUUCAUUAAAGUGGAUGAUAGUGAAGAUCAGAAUGGCAACUGUUUGAAGAAAUUCAAACAAAAUCCUUCUAUGUCAGUGAAUAGUAUUAAUAGUUCAAAUAUUGCUUCGACUUCAAUGAACAAUAACAAUAUAGUGACUCAGAGUAAAUUUACAAGGAGUGAACAAAAAAGACUGCCAAGAGUUGAGUCCAUCAUGAUCUCAUUUUAUGAAACGGUGCUUGAACUCAAAUUAAAGAUCAUGAAGGUGUUUAAUGUUUUUCCUGUUAAUCAAUGUUUAAAAACUACAGAAGGAGUAGAGUUGCAGAACGACGAUGCAACUAUGGAAGAACUUAAUAUCCUUCCUCAAUCGGUGAUAUUAGUCCAAUUUAAUGAAGAAAAAAUACAUAAGUCAAAAGUCAUUACUACACAAGAGACUGGUUUUAAAGGUACUGAGCUUAUGCGUUUUUAGUCUGAAAUAAUUUUGUUUUUUAUUCAUAUUUUAUUAUACAAAAAUUACCUAUAUUAUACUCGUAUUGUUAACUUUUUACUGUAACAAAUGGAAUUGUAUAAGUUGUACAUAGAAUGUUAUCACUUAUUGUGUAUUAUUUACUUUAAUGCAUUUUCUUUAUGCAUUAAGUUUUUUUUGUUUUAAUUUAUAAAUAAAUAAUUUUAUUUCUUAGAAAAAUAAUUAAUUUACUAUAAUGUGUAUGUCUAUUUUUGUUGAUUUA